AUGAAUGAAGGCCGUAUAAAAAAGCAGGAAGAUUUUGGCCCUAUCAUUAUCGAUACCAUCGAUGAGAAUGUCGACCAGGAUCCCGAUGCUAACAUUUCUACAGCGAAAUCAGCAGAAGAAACUGAGGUGUCGUCGGAGGAUCUUCAUUUAAAGCAACAAUUAAUUGAAAUUAAUCCACUCUAUUUACCCCACGAGUUUCGUUCCUUGCCACAAUCCUUCGAUCCCAAGGAGCAUAGUUUUCCAUCUUCCUACAGUGAAAACAGUGCCCGAGAGACACGUCUUCUUGCCUACGCUGACAAUUUUUGUCGACAAUACACCGGUCGCUUCCACGAUCGCACUCCACUCUUCAUUACUCCUCGCAAUGAAUGUGAUGUUCGUAAGUUUGUAUCCACUACCAUACGUCCAACAAAACUACCCUUUCCCGAGCUUCACGAAGCUUUAGGAGCUGCAGCUUUCGUGGCCGACUUUCUUGAUUUCGCUCCACUGCUCCCCUGUACGGAACUACCCCCACGACUUCUGAGUCCAAGAACAACGCUCUCCCUUCAGCUGGGUACCUGUUUCGACUAUACUACUCUCCUCUGUUCCCUUCUUACGGGUGUGGGAUACAAUGCCUUCGUGGUGAGUGGAUAUGCAACACGUGAGUGCUGCUACAAAGAUGAGUCUCGAAAGCAGUGUCCACUGCUUGUGCAACCAAAGAAAUGUGUGGAAAUGUAUCAGGAACCACAGGCAAGCAAGUACCAGGUGAAACCAAUAAGGGACUUUUUAUCUAAAUACGAAAUAACAAUGAAAGUAAAAAAACUCAUCGAGGCCGAAGAAGCAGCAGAAAAGAAAGCAUUGGAGGAGAAACAGGCACUGGAGAAAUCAGAAGAACCAAAACCAGAUCCUCUCUACGGUCUGAGGGUGCACUCUUGGAUUUUAAUCCUCCCAGGAAGCAGAGAUGUUAAAGAAGCCUUCUUUAUUGAGCCUUUUACUGGGGAACCAGUUGCUCUUGACACCAAUAUGUAUUUGGGCAUAGAAAGUGUGUGGAACCACAAUAAUUAUUGGGUGAAUAUGCAAGACUGCACCAAUGGGAUUAAGGAAAUGCACUACGAUUUAAACAAUCUUGAAGAUUGGGAGUUUGUCUUGCCAUCAGGUCUACUUAAUACAAAGCUUAUGGCAGCUGGGGAUCAGUUAGUAAACAUCCUCAAUGGAUCAAUGGAUGUCACUGAGACCCUAGCAAACUAUGAUCUAGGUUUGGACUAUGGUCUCCAGGCGCGUGAAGAUGAUUUGAACGUAAAGACGCAAAAGAAUGAAAAGAAAAAAAUGGAUGCAGACCUAUUAGAUACCCUUCUUCUGGUUGAUUUGCCAAUGUCAUGGACUCUACCAAUCACCCUUUCCGACGCUCAGUAUUUUCAGAGAUAUCCAAACUGCGAGAAGGAAAUAAUCUACAAUCGGGCUCGUGUGGUCAAGUAUACGCCUUAUUCUCAGGAGUGCGGGAUUGUUUUACGGUUGGUUGUCUACCAGGAUCGUGAUCUUCAGAACGCACUUGAAGAGACGGAGUAUUUUGAACACCGAAAGGACAAGUUGAAGGUACGAGUGACUGACCUGAAGACAUUGUGGGUGAAGGAGACCUUUGAUCAUGGUCGAAUGGAGCAUCAUCUAAGAGAUCAUGAAUACAUGUCGAAAAAUGUGGGACCAGACUCCAAUAGAAUAAUGGAGUUCUAUCAAAAGAUGAGGAUCGACGGCCUUUUAAAACGUCAGCGUGAAGGCAACGUCAUGAAGGAGUGGUACAAUAACCGCGAAGAUCGGCUGAUUUAUCGUGAAACACAUUUCGGUCGGACAGUAAGGAAGUUUGGCCCUCCAGUAAUUAUAAUGUCGUCUUCAGAGCAAGGAAGUGCCGGAACAAAAGUUACAAAAAAGAGCUACAAGGAAAUUGACGUGAUAAAAGAGCGCUUUGCAAGGAACCCCGAAAUACCUGCAGAUGAGGAUGUGGAGGAGCGCGUGUUUGACAUAGUUGGAGAAAAGUACUUUCUCACGUAUCAUAUCGCAGAUGAAUGUAUCUUCCCCUGUCGACGGGAGUUUAACAAGCCUCCCGACAGUGGUGAUCGUCGGCAUGUCAUUGAAUUGCAUCCUGAUACCCAUAACUCAUUCCAUACCAGUCUUAAUCCACCUCACAAAACCAAUGUGGAGAUCUAUCAGAUGCUUCUUGGACUGAUUGAUCUUGAAAAGGCCGCCAAAGAGACGGUAAGGAAUUCGGAAAGCGAAGUCCAGGCAAUUCUGGACAAACGCAAUGCAGAAGAAGCCAAACCUGAAUUGGAAGUGGGUUUAUGGGAUACUCUGCGCAAUGCGGAGAUGCACAAUCUACGCAUAGCAUUGGAACAACACGCUGAACAGGAGCGUCGAAAACAGAAGGAAAAGGAUCUCGACUACCUGGCACCCUACUUCCAUAUGCGUGAUAUAGACGAGGACAACUUAACUCAGGAAGAUGCCUACGCUGUUCGAGAGGCCUGUCUACAGGAUCUAAAAGAGCGUCUAAUUAAGAAGGCCAACAUUAUUCAAGCUCGAUUCGAGGCGGAGACGUCAGCUCUGCAACGGAAACAGCAAUGGUUCCAGUUGAACCAAAUCAACCUCACAAAGGAGGACGAAGCGGCCUACUUGCAGUACUGCAAUGACGCCAUAUUCAAAAUUACCACCUUGGAGACCAUGCUCUUAAGGCACAAGCAAACGGCGCCAUCGAAGUAUAUGCUGCUUGAGAAGCAACUUCGGUCGGAUCCGCGAUUGGCGGAGUAUUUAAACACAGCUUGA